AUGGCAUCUUCUUCACACAAUAAUUUUGAUGACACCAUUGAUGAAACCUUAAAUCAAGUUUGUGACCAAAUUUCCAAUCAAGUUUGGCAAUCUCUUCUCACUCCACCUGUUCAACAUCAACAACCACCCAAACCAAAGAAGAAGCGAACUUUCAUUGAAAGAAAUCGUGAAGUUGGCCAUGCCCACUUGUGGAACGAUUAUUUCAGUGAAGAUCCAACAUACCCUCCUAGAAUGUUUCGACGCAGAUUUCGAAUGAACAAGCCCUUGUUCAUGCGUAUCGUUGAGAGACUAGGAGCGGAAAUUCCAUUCUUUCAACAACGAAGAGAUGCUACAGGAAGGUUGGAGCUUUCAACACUACAAAAUUGUACAGCAGCAAUUCGUAUGAUGGCAUAUGGUACGGCAGCUGAUGCUUGUGACGAAUACCUUCGAAUUGCUGAAACCACAUCGUUCUCAUGCUUGGAUCAUUUUGUUGAUGCCAUCAUAAAUUGUUUUGGAGAUGAGUAG